GCCAGUUUCCGGUCUCCUGUCUCGGAAGUCGCUCGCCCCCGCCGGGCGGGCAGCCGUUGUGAACGGAAGCGGGUUGGGCCGACGGCGAGCUGGAGGCAUCGCCAUGCCCCGGUAUUACGAGGACAAGCCGGAGGGCGGCGCGUGCGCGGGCGUGAAGGAGGACCUGGGCGCCUGUCUGCUGCAGUCUGACUGUGUGCUCCAGGAAGGAAAAUCCCCUCGGCAGUGUCUGAAGGAAGGAAACUGCAAAGCUUUGAAAUACUCAUUUUUUGAAUGUAAAAGAUCAAUGCUGGAUACUAGGUCAAGAUUCAGAGGAAGAAAAGGAUAUUGACACUAUACAAUGUUGAAACCAAGAUGAAAACAACAAAGGAUUUCCUAUGGCCAUUAAAACAGAGACGCCAAAAUGGGAAACACACAUUUUGCUACAGUUGUUUAGUUGUACCAUUUUCUUCACUCCUUGGAACACUGGAAAACAUGGAUGAGUUCUGCUUUUGAAUAUAUUAUAAAAUGAAUGAUUCUCCUACUCUUAUUUUUAGAAGAAAAAUGUACCUGAAUUAUGAGCUAAGUGUAAUAAAUGUUUUGAGAUGUGUUUUAAAGCAAAGAGAAUGGAAAGAUUGUUAUUUUCAAACUCCACUCCUCAACCAAAUGACACAAUUUGUAUACAUCCUUUGUGACUAUUAUCAAGGCCACUGAUGGAACUGUUAAAAUUGGUGCCACAGAGCCUGGGGAGAAAAUGUCUAUCAGGAAAGUUCAAGAUAAAACUUUCUUUUAUUCAA